GGCUGAGUCCCAGGUGGCAAAGCUUUGCAGAAGUGUGUGUGUCUGUGGUACAAAAACCUGGGACCGGAGGAAAGUCUGAUGCUUGGGACUCAGGACAAUGGGCAUCACCCCAGCUUCCCCAAACCAUGCUCAGGGACCAUCCUGGGAAAGUACAGAGAUCGGGGGCUGGCCCCAGACAAGCAGGGAAAGAGGGGUGGUCACCUGACUGACAGGGAGGGGAAGCAGACAGUGCCCAGUGAUGUGGGAAGGGAGAGCAGACAGGAGAAAGCUUGGGCAUUCCUGAGGGCCCAUGACCUGCAAUUAGCCAUGCAGAUGAGGGGUUUCUGCCCUCCCCCACAGGUGGGGCAGGGCAAGCAGGGAGCCAACUGUCUCCCAGAAGGAGGAAGCAGCCUCAGCUCAGGGUGCCGGGGAGGCAUGAGCAUGCUUGUGCCAGGGAAGGGCAACGAGGGAGUCGCUGGGAGGUGCAGGCGGCCACCAGCUGAAGUGAGCAGCCCACAGGGUGUGAAGGACUAGACGGAGUCAGGUUUUGGUGCCAUGCACACAGGGAGACUUAGAGCCCAGAGAGGAGGUGUGAUUUGCCUAAGGUCACACAGCAAGUUAGAGACUCAGCUCCACCACUUAGUGUAUUGGAGCGCCUGUCUCCCCAUCCUGCCCACUCCCGGCUCGGCGGCCCCCCCAUCUACCCCGUGGCUAUGGACAGAAAAAUGGAAGUCCCCGAGGACGGGCCUCCUGUGGUCUCCUGGCUCCCUGAGGAGGGAGAGAAGCUGGACCAGGAAGGCGAGGACCAGGUGAAGGAUCGGGGCCAAUGGACCAACAAGAUGGAGUUUGUGCUGUCAGUGGCCGGGGAGAUCAUUGGGCUGGGCAAUGUCUGGAGGUUUCCCUAUCUCUGCUACAAAAAUGGAGGUGGAGCCUUCUUCAUCCCCUACUUCAUCUUCUUCUUUACCUGUGGCAUCCCAGUGUUCUUCUUGGAGGUGGCAUUGGGCCAGUACACCAGCCAAGGGAGCGUGACAGCCUGGAGGAAGAUCUGCCCCCUUCUCCAGGGCAUUGGUCUGGCGUCAGUGGUCAUUGAGUCCUACCUGAACAUCUACUACAUCAUCAUCCUCGCCUGGGCUCUCUUCUACCUGUUCAGCUCCUUUACCUCUGAGCUGCCCUGGACAACCUGUACCAAUACCUGGAACACAGAGCAUUGCGUGGACUUUAUGAACCAUUCGGGAGCCCGCACAGUGACCUCAUCUGAGAAUUUCACUUCACCUGUCAUGGAAUUCUGGGAGAGACGUGUUUUGGGCAUCACCUCAGGCAUCCAUGACCUGGGGGCCCUGCGUUGGGAGCUGGCCCUGUGCCUCCUGCUCGCCUGGGUCAUCUGCUACUUCUGCAUCUGGAAAGGGGUCAAGUCCACUGGCAAGGUUGUUUAUUUCACAGCCACAUUUCCCUACCUGAUGCUGAUCAUCCUACUGAUCCGAGGCAUCACCCUUCCGGGAGCCUAUGAGGGUGUCAUCUAUUACCUGAAGCCAGAUUUGCUUCGCCUCAAGGACCCCCAGGUGUGGAUGGACGCGGGCACCCAGAUCUUCUUCUCCUUCGCCAUCUGCCAGGGGUGCCUGACAGCCCUGGGCAGCUACAACAAGUACCACAACAACUGCUACAGGGACUGCAUCGCCCUCUGCUUCCUCAACAGCGCCACCAGCUUCGCGGCCGGGUUCGUGGUCUUCUCCAUCCUGGGCUUCAUGGCCCAGGAGCAGGGGAUGCCCAUCUCCGAAGUGGCUGAGUCUGGUCCUGGUCUAGCCUUCAUCGCGUUCCCCAAGGCGGUGACUAUGAUGCCCUUAUCCCAGCUGUGGUCCUGCCUUUUCUUCAUUAUGCUCAUCUUCUUAGGGCUGGACAGCCAGUUUGUCUGUGUGGAGUGCCUGGUGACAGCCUCUGUGGACAUGUUCCCCGGUCAGCUCCGGAAGAGCGGGAGGCGAGAACUUCUCAUUCUCACCAUUGCCAUCGUGUGCUACCUGCUAGGGCUCUUCCUGGUCACGGAGGGCGGGAUGUAUAUCUUCCAGCUGUUUGAUUAUUACGCUUCCAGUGGUAUAUGCCUGCUCUUCUUGGCAGUGUUUGAAGUGAUCUGCAUCAGCUGGGUGUAUGGGGCAGAUCGGUUCUAUGACAACGUUGAAGACAUGAUUGGCUACCGGCCAUGGCCCUUGGUGAAGAUCUCCUGGCUCUUUCUGACCCCUGGACUUUGCCUGGCCACCUUCCUCUUCUCCUUGAGCAAGUACACACCUCUCAAAUACAACAACAUCUAUGUGUACCCUCCUUGGGGCUACUCCAUCGGCUGGUUCUUGGCUCUGUCCUCCAUGGUCUGCGUCCCUCUGUUCAUCAUCAUCACCCUUCUGAAGACCCAGGGUUCCUUCAAGAAGCGCCUGCAACAGCUCACCACCCCUGACCCCAGCCUCCCGCAGCCCAAGCAACACCUGUGUCUGGACCGUGGUACCAGCCAGGACUGUGGGCCUUCCCCAACAAAGGAAGGACUAAUCAUUGGGGAGAAGGAGACCCACUUGUAGGACGUGGCCAGCAGCCAAGUGGCCACUGAGCCAGGAACCUCUGUCAGGGCCACUACAGCAAACAGCCUUUGCCUCUGUCCCUUACCACAGUCCUGCUGAGCACCCCUGUGAUGUUCAUGGGUGCCCCCGGCCAGAGGCCACGCUGCUCUCUCCUCAGCGAGGGCAGCUCCUUCUGGUGGGCUAGAGGCAGUCCCACUGCACCACGCCAUACUGUUGGAACACACCUUCUUAUUUAUAAAGGAGGGUGGUCUUUUUUGAGUCCACCAUCUGAUUCUAACAUAUUACACUGUGUGGAACUCCCACUGUAGGGAUGUUCCUGUAUCUGGGGAUGUUACAGCUUACUAUAUUUGUGCAUUGGGAGGGUAGCACUGAUGGGAAUAUGUAUCAUGCUUUGGCUUGGAGAGCCCAAUGGAACACACCAUGUUGGAAAUGACAACGAACACACUAUUGGAUUCUGACAUUCCAUUAGAGGGGUGCUUCAUUUGGCUUAGUGUUCUGGAGUCAGUCCAUGGGGAAGGAACUUGAGAAACAGCCAAGAGGCAAGCCUUCACAAGCCAUCAUUGUCUUAAGGUGUCCCUAGCUGCAGCCCUAGUUCCACAUGCCUCCUGCAAUGUUGUCCUCAACUCAUGGAGCAUUGGAAUGGAAAGAACUUAGAGAUGAUCCCUAGACUGUACAAAUGCACGGUGGGGGUGUCUGUACUUUCCUAUGCCUGCAACAGACAUUGCUGAUUGAGUCUUUCCCACCUCACAGUCCUUUCAAAUACAGUGCUCCAGGUGCUCCA